CUAGAAAAGCUAGAUCUAAGAGACAAGGGCUCGAAAGAAUCACACAGCCGAAUCAGAACACGCCAAUCUCAUGUGUGAUAGUCCGAAUCUUCGUUGCAGUGAGCAACAUUGGUUCAUGGAAGAGCAAACCAAAGAACAAAGCGACCAAGAAUCGUCGCCAUGUUGGCACGACCGAUUCAUGAAACAAGAGAAGCUUGAAGAGGAAGAAGAAGAAGAAGACGGCCUCGAGCUUCAAAGCCUCUUGUCCAGAGAAGAGCAAGCACAUUCCGCGCAGCUAUUCUGCAUUUACCGAGAACAUCUUCAAGAGGGCUCGGCUCUCGACAGGGCUCGUAGAGAGGCGAUAAAGUGGACGCAUCGAGUGUGUCGGCACUACGCAUUUUCUUGCACGACGGAGAUCCUGUCAGUGGACUAUUAUGACCGGCUUCUCGCGAACAUCCGGGUUGCGGAAAUGAAGCCGUGGAUGGUGCAGUUGGUGGCUGUUGCUUGUCUCUCUUUGGCUGCCAAAGUUAAUGAGAUCCAUGUUCCAACUCUUUCAGCUCUUCAAGUUGAGGGGCCAAGCUAUAAGUUUGAGCCUAAGACGGUCCAAAGAAUGGAGCUCCUAGUGCUCUCUAAGCUCGAGUGGAGGAUGAACUCGGUCACUCCAUUUUCCUUCCUCAAUCACAUCAUUGGAAGGCUUCACUUCCACACCAGCUCGCAGAUGGAUCAAUUCUUGACCUUGUUCGAGCUCUCUCUCCUCGCCCUCGUCUCCGAUUCGAGGUUUCUCCAUCACCGGCCUUCAGUGAUCGCAGCAGUUGUGACUUGCCGUUCGAUGGAGAAGAUGCGAUAUGAGGACGGUCAGAUCGGUCGGUACCGGAAUGCUCUUUGCAAUAGUCUCAAGUGGAGCGAGGCUGGGGGAACAUUCGAGGAGUGUUAUGAGUUAGUAAGUGAACUGCAAUUUAAAAGUGCCCAUCUGAAUUGUCAUCGCACGAUAGAGGCAUAGAAUUCCAAGUUGUGUAGAACAAAGAUUUCAAAAUAGGAUUUACAAGUCAUAUGAAUCGAGUCGGACACGAGGUGAGCUUCUGGGCAAGUUCCAGGCACCCAGGUCUUGGCCGGCAGGCCGGUCACUUCUUGGUUAGGGGCCCGCUUGG